GGGACCUGGAAGGACACUGUUUGAUCCCUGCCUGUCCCCGGCAGCUCUCAGAGCAGUACGGGCCGGUGUUCACCGUCUACCUGGGGCUCCAGAAAACAGUGGUGCUGACCGGCUACGAGGCAGUGAGGGAGGCCCUGGUGGGCACUGGGCAGGAGCUGGCCGACCGGCCCCCCAUUGCCAUCUUCCAGCUCAUCCAGGGAGGCGGCGGUGUCUUCUUCUCAUCCGGGCCGCGCUGGAGGGCCGCCCGCCAGUUCACCGUGCGCACCCUCCACCGCCUGGGCGUGGGGAGGGGGCCUGCGGCCAACAAGGUCCUGCAGGAGCUGAGGUGCCUUACGGUGCAGCUGGACGGCUAUGGAGGCCGGCCCUUCCCCCUGGCCCUGCUCGGCUGGGCUCCCUCCAACGUCACCUUCACGCUGCUCUUCGGCCAGCGGUUCGACUACCGGGAUCCCGUGUUCGUGGCCCUGCUGGGCCUCAUCGAUGAGGUCAUGGUCCUCUUGGGGACCCCUGGCCUGCAGCUGUUCAACAUCUACCCCUGGCUCGGGACCCUCCUCCAGCUGCACCGGCCCGUCCUGCGGAAGAUCGAGGAGGUGCGAGCCAUCCUGAGGACCCUCCUGGAGGCCCGGCGGCCGUCCACGCCCAGGAGAGGCCCCGUGCAGAGCUACAUGGAUGCUCUGAUCCAGGAGGGCCAGGGGAAAGACCCCAUGGGCCUGUUUGCUGAGGCCAACAUGGUGGCCUGUGCCCUGGACAUGGUCAUGGCUGGUACGGAGACCACCUCAGCCACACUGCAGUGGGCUGCGCUCCUGAUGGGCAAGCACCCGAACGUGCAGGGCCGGGUACAGGAGGAGCUGGACCGUGUGCUGGGGCCCGAGCGGCUCCCCCGGCUGGAGGACCAGCGGUCACUGCCCUACACCAACGCCGUGCUGCACGAGGUCCAGCGGUUCAUCACUCUCCUGCCCCACGUGGCCCGCUGCACGGCGGCCGACACCCAGCUGUGCGGCUACCAGCUCCCCAAGGGCACGCCCGUGGUCCCCCUGCUGAGCUCUGUGCUCCUGGACAAGACGCAGUGGGCGACGCCCCACCAGUUCAACCCUGGCCACUUCCUGGACGCCGACGGGCGCUUCGUGAAGCCAGCGGCCUUCUUGCCUUUCUCUGCAGGCCGCCGUGUCUGCGUCGGGGAGAGCCUGGCCCGGUCGGAGCUGUUCCUGCUGUUCGCCGGCCUCCUCCAGAGGUACCGCCUGCUGCCGCCGCCCGGCCUCAGCCCCGCCACCCUGGACACCACGCCCGCGCCGGCCUUCACCAUGCGGCCGCCGGCCCAGGCCCUGUGCGCUGUGCCCAGGCCCCGGGGACGCUGACAGAGGGACAUCAGGCCUGCGCUGGGAUAAACCCCCAGGGCUGCCGCUCCCCAGCCCCCGGCUCCCAGCUUGGGGUGCUCUGUGGAUGAUCGAGGCAGGACGGACGGACGGCCCCUCAUUGCCCCCUCACUG